CCUCCUGAAGCAGCCGUAAACUCCGCCCCUUGCGCGCAGGACGGCGCGAAAACCCAAUUGACAAGAAUUCCCUCCGAAGCUCUGUGGUCCGAUCUGCGGUCCGCUUGCUUUCCCUGCCCGGUCCCGAGCGCUCAGCCUGAAGCGCCGCUUUCGAGGGCACCCUGCACACACUGGCCGCGCCUCAGGGAUCUCAUUGCCCGCGCUUUCUCAUUGCCUCUUUCCGUGUUCGAUUCGGCUGAUCUGGGCCCAGCCGCCGCUCCCGCUCUCUGUCGGUGGGUGCGGGGGAAUCCGAAACGGCUCAGCAGAAUCCCAGCAGCUUGCUGCUACUGGAGCGGGCCGCCUCCAUGGCCUCCAGGCAGGCUGGGCUGGACCGCGUAAGGUCCUAGGAGACGGGAUUCCGGGAAGCGGGGAGUAUGGUGGGGGUCCUGGCCAUGGCGGCUGCAGCUGCUCCCCCUCCCGUGAAGGACUGCGAGAUUGAGCCAUGCAAAAAGCGAAAGAAAGAUGAUGACACAUCUUCCUGCAAAACAAUUACAAAAUAUUUAUCACCACUGGGGAAGACUAGAGACAGGGUUUUUGCUCCACCAAAACCUAGUAAUAUUCUGGAUUAUUUUAGAAAGACUUCACCCACAAAUGAGAAGACACAAUUAGGGAAAGAGUGCAAGAUAAAGUCAUCUGAAUCAGUACCUGUUGACAGCAACAAAGACUGUACGACACCUUUGGAAAUGUUCUCAAAUGUAGAGUUUAAGAAGAAAAGAAAGAGGGUUAAUUUAUCUCAUCAACUAAAUAAUAUUAAAACUGAAAAUGAAGCUCCAAUUGAAAUUAGUAGCGACGACAGCAAAGAAGACUAUAGUUUAAAUAAUGAUUUUGUGGAAAGUAGUACUUCUGUUUUACGUUACAAGAAACAAGUAGAGGUACUUGCAGAAAACAUUCAAGAUACAAAAAGUCAACCAAAUACUAUGACCUCCCUGCAAAAUUCUAAAAAAGUAAAUCCUAAACAAGGGACCACAAAAAAUGACUUCAAAAAGUUGAGAAAAAGGAAAUGCAGAGAUGUAGUAGAUCUAUCUGAAAGCUUACCCUUGGCAGAGGAACUAAAUUUGCUUAAAAAAGAUGGUAAAGAUACUAAACAGAUGGAGAAUACUACAAGCCAUGCAAACUCUAGAGAUAACGUAACUGAAGCAGCCCAGUUAAAUGAUAGUAUAAUAACUGUCUCAUAUGAGGAAUUUUUAAAAAGUCACAAGGAAAAUAAAGUGGAAGAGAUACCAGACUCUACAAUGUCAAUUUGUGUUCCUUCUGAAACUGUUGACGAAGUAGUCAAAAGUGGUUAUAUAAGUGAAUCAGAAAACUCUGAAAUUUCCCAGCAGAUACGCUUUAAGACAGUUACUGUUCUUGCACAGGUUCACCCUAUUCCGCCCAAAAAGACAGGGAAAAUACCCCGAAUUUUCUUGAAACAAAAGCAAUUUGAAAUGGAAAAUAGUUUAUCUGAUCCUGAGAAUGAACAGACAGUUCAGAAAAGAAAAUCUAAUGUUGUUAUACAGGAGGAAGAAUUAGAAUUGGCUGUUUUGGAAGCUGGAAGUUCUGAAGCUGUGAAACCAAAAUGCACUCUAGAAGAAAGACAGCAAUUUAUGAAAGCAUUUAGGCAGCCAGCAUCAGAUGCACUUAAAAAUGGAGUUAAAAAGUCUUCUGAUAAGCAGAAAGACCUUAAUGAAAAAUGUCUAUAUGAAGUAGGAAGAGAUGAUAAUUCUAAAAAAAUCAUGGAAAAUUCUGGUAUCCAAAUGGUUUCAAAAAAUGGCAAUUUACAGUUACACACUGAUAAAGGAAGUUUUCUGAAGGAGAAAAAUAAAAAGCUAAAGAAGAAGAAUAAGAAAACAUUAGAUACUGGGGCUAUUCCAGGCAAAAACAGAGAGGGAAACACUCAAAAGAAAGAAACAACCUUUUUCUUAAAAGAGAAACAAUAUCAAAAUAGAAUGAGUUUAAGACAAAGGAAAACAGAGUUUUUCAAAAGCAGCACUUUAUUUAACAAUGAAAGUCUUGUUUAUGAAGAUAUAGCAAAUGAUGACCUUCUAAAGGUUUCCUCUCUGUGUAACAAUAAUAAAUUGUCAAGAAAAACCAACAUACCAGUUAAAGAUAUUAAGCUUACACAGUCUAAAGCUGAAUCUGAAGCCAGCUUGCUAAAUGUUUCCACGCCCAAGUCAACCAGAAGAUCUGGAAGAAUUAGCAGCACACCUACUACAGAAACCAUUAGAGGUAUUGAUUCUGAAGAUGUACAAGAUAAUAGUCAACUAAAGGCUUCCACUCCAAAAGCAGCCAACUUAUUGGAAAAGCACAGCUUAUAUACAGCAGAAUUAAUAACAGUACCCUUUGAUUCAGAGAGCCCUAUUAGAAUGAAAUUCACCAGAAUUAGUACUCCCAAAAAAUCUAAGAAAAAAUCUAACAAAAGAUCUGAGAAAUCUGAAGCAACUGAUGGAGAUUUUACUUCUCAGAUUAGAAAGGCAAGCAAUGCUUCAAAAAACAUAUCAAAAGCAAAACAAUUGAUUGAAAAAGCAAAAGCUUUACACAUCAGUAGGUCAAAGGUGACUGAAGAAAUAGCGAUACCCUUAAGGCGCUCCUCUAGACAUCAGACACUUCCUGAAAGGAAGAAAUUGUCAGAAACAGAAGAUUCUGUUAUAAUAAUAGAUUCAAGUCCUACUGCUUUAAAGCAUCCAGAGAAAAAUCAGAAGAAACUUCAGUGUUUGAAUGAUGUGCUAGGAAAAAAACUUAACACAUCCACUAAAAAUGUACCUGGAAAAAUGAAAGUCGCUCCUUUAUUUCUUGUCAGAAAAGCACAAAAAGCAGCUGAUCCUGUCCCUAGUUUUGAUGAAAGCAGUCAAGAUACAUCUGAAAAAUCUCAGGAUUGUGAUGUUCAAUGUAAAGCAAAGCGUGACUUCCUAAUGAGUGGUUUGCCAGAUUUGUUGAAACGGCAAAUUGCAAAGAAAGCUGCUGCAUUGGAUGUGUACAAUGCAGUGAGUACCAGUUUCCAGAGAGUCGUACAUGUGCAACAAAAGGAUGAUGGGUGUUGUUUGUGGCAUUUGAAACCACCCUCUUGUCCUCUCUUAACUAAAUUUAAAGAACUGAACACUAAAGUAAUAGAUCUCUCAAAAUGUGGUAUUGCUCUUGGUGAAUUUUCAACAUUGAAUUCAAAGUUGAAAAGCGGUAACUCUGCUGCUGUGUUCAUGAGGACAAGGAAGGAAUUUACUGAAGAAGUAAGAAAUCUUUUGCUUGAGGAAAUUAGGUGGUCAAAUCCUGAAUUUUCAUUGAAAAAAUAUUUUCCCUUACUCCUAAAAAAACGAAUUGAGCACCAAGUACUUUCUUCCGAGUGUCAUAGUAAACAAGAACUGGAGGCUGAUGUCAGCCAUAAAGAAACCAAAAGGAAACUCGUGGAAGCAGAAAAUUCUAAGUCAAAAAGAAAGAAACCAAAUGAGUAUUCAAAAAAUCUGGAGAAGACCAAUAGGAAGUCAGAAGAACUUAGCAAAAGAAACAACUCUUCUGGGAUAAAGCUAGAUUCUUCCAAAGAUUCUGGAACUGAAGACAUGCUUUGGACAGAAAAGUAUCAACCUCAGACUGCCAGUGAACUUAUAGGAAAUGAGUUAGCUAUAAAAAAGUUACAUAGUUGGUUGAAAGACUGGAAAAGAAGAGCUGAAUUGGAAGAAAGGCAGAAUCUGAAGGGAAAAAGAGAUGAGAAACAUGAAGAUUUCUCGGGUGGCAUAGACUUUAAAGGCAGUUCAGAUGAUGAAGAAGAGAGUCGUCUUUGCAAUACUGUCCUUAUAACAGGGCCAACAGGAGUGGGAAAAACUGCUGCAGUGUAUGCUUGUGCCCAGGAGCUUGGAUUUAAGAUAUUUGAAGUGAAUGCCUCUUCCCAGCGCAGUGGUAGACAAAUUCUAUCUCAGUUGAAGGAAGCUACUCAGUCCCAUCAAGUAGACAAACAAGGUGUAAACUCACAAAAACCCUGUUUUUUUAAUAGCUACUACAUAGGCAAGUCACCAAAAAAAAUAAGCUCCCCUAAGAAAGUUGUUACAUCACCAAGAAAAGUUCCUCCACAAUCACCAAAAAGUAGUGGACCAAAGCGAGCGCUUCCUCCCAAAACCUUGGCAAAUUAUUUUAAAGUAUCUCCCAAACCUAAAAAUAAUGAAGAAAUAGGAAUGCUUCUGGAAAAUAAUAAAGGAAUAAAAAAUUCUUUUGAACAGAAACAAAUUACUCAGACUAAAUCUACAAAUGCAACUAAUUCAAAUGUCAAAGACGUUGGAGCUGAAGAACCCAGCAGAAAAAAUGCAACAUCUCUUAUUCUUUUUGAGGAGGUUGAUGUAAUUUUUGAUGAAGAUGCUGGGUUUUUGAAUGCAAUCAAAACAUUCAUGGCAACAACUAAACGACCUGUAAUCCUUACUACAAGUGACCCAACAUUUAGUUUAAUGUUUGAUGGCUGCUUUGAAGAAAUCAAGUUCAGUACUCCUUCCCUGCUAAAUGUUGCCAGCUACCUACAAAUGAUUUGCUUAACUGAGAAUUUUAGAACUGAUGUAAAAGACUUUGUAACCUUGUUAACUGCAAAUACUUGUGAUAUCAGAAAAAGUAUCCUUUACUUACAAUUCUGGAUUAGAAGUGGAGGUGGAGUUUUAGAAGAACGACCAUUAACCCUUUAUCGUGGAAAUAGCAGAAAUGUACAACUAGUUUGCUCUGAACAUGGCCUUGAUAACAAAAUUUACCCUAAAAAUACUAAAAAGAAACGUGUAGACCUUCCAAAAUGUGACAGUGGCUGUGCUGAGACCUUGUUUGGCCUUAAGAACAUUUUUUCCCCAUCUGAAGACUUAUUUUCAUUUUUAAAGCACAAAAUCACAAUGAAGGAAGAAUGGCAUAAAUUCAUCCAGCUUCUUACAGAAUUCCAAAUGCGGAAUGUAGAUUUUUUAUAUAGUAAUCUUGAGUUUAUUCUACCAUUACCAGUUGAUACCAUUCCAGAAACUAAAAACUUUUGUGGCCCAUCAGUAACUGUGGAUGCCUGUGCAGCAACAAAAAGUAUGAAUUGUCUUGCUAGGAAACACUCUGAAAGAGAACAGCCAUUGAAAAAGUCCCAGAAAAAGAAACAAAAGAAAACAUUGGUAAUAUUAGAUGAUAGUGAUCUAUUUGACACUGACUUGGACUUUCCUGAUCAAUCUAUUAGCCUGUCCUCUGUGUCAUCUUCCUCAAAUUCAGAAGAAAGCAAAACCGGAGACGAAGAAAGCAAAGCCAGAGACAAAGGAAACAAUCCAGAGACAAAGAAAUCUAUUCCUUGUCCUCCUAAAACAACUGCAGAAAAAAAAUGUUCUGCCCUUGUUUCUCAUUGUUUAAAUUCUCUCUCUGAGUUCAUGGAUAACAUGUCCUUCUUAGAUGCACUUUUAACUGAUGUAAGGGAACAAAACGAAUACGGUAGAAAUGACUUUAGUUGGACAAAUGGAAAGGUUAAAAGUGGACUUUGUGAUGAGUUUAGUCUUGAGAGUAAUGAUGGAUGGACUUCUCAAAGCUCUGGAGAAUUAAAGGCAGCUGCAGAAGCUCUCAGCUUUACUAAAUGUUCUUCUGUUAUUUCAAAAGCAUUGGAAACCUUGAAUUCUUGCAAGAAAUUAGGAAGAGAUCCAACCAACGAUCUUACUUUUUAUGUUUCACAAAAGCGCAAUAAUGUAUACUUUAGUCAGUCAGCAGCUAAUUUAGACAAUGCUUGGAAGAGGAUAUCAGUCAUUAAAAGUGUAUUUUCGAGUCGAUCUCUUCUCUAUGUGGGUAAUAGACAAGCUAGUAUAAUUGAAUACCUGCCAAUCCUUCGAAACAUCUGUAAGACUGAGAAGCUAAAAGAACAAGGAAAAAGUAAAAGAAGAUUCCUGCACUAUUUUGAAGGAAUUCAUCUUGACAUUCCAAAAGAGACUGUGAAUACUUUGGCAGCUGACUUCCCUUAAUGUUCCAUACUAACAAUGCUUUGUAUAGAUUAUCAUGUGGUCCUUAAGAUACAUUUUUAUAUUAUGUGGAUCUUCAUGGAAAAGUAUAUUUCUCAAUGUACAUUUUAAACAAACAAUUUGUAUAUUUUUUUAUUGGCGGGUAAAUAUUUAAAAUAUUUGAGUUACAAAUUGUAUAUGUGAUUGUAAUUUUUUUCUGAAUUUUUUGUACUAUCUGAUUUAGCUUUGUUGGAGUAUUUUUUGUAUGUGAGUGAACUGUUUCUGGAAGGUAGAGUUCAUUAAGAUGAACUCUCUAUUUCAGGUGUUUAUAUUAUAUAUUAGCUUAAUAUUCAGAUACAUUAUCUUGGCUGCUAACAUUAGUGUCACUAAAGUUGGUAUACAAUGUCCCACUGCUAAAUUUGACUGGCUUUACAAAAAAAAAAAACAAAAAAAAAAACAUUAUCUGGUGAAUUAUAUUUUUAACCUAAAAGUUAAGGAUCCUCAUAUUGUACAGUUUUUUGUGUGUGCUUUUUUUUUUUUUUUUUUUUGAGACGGAAUCUCACUCUGUCACCCAGGCUGGAGUGCAGUGGCCUGGUAUCGGCUCAGUGCAACUUUUGCCUCCCGGGUUCAAGUGAUUAUCCUGCCUCAGCCUCCUGAAUAGCUGGGAUUACAGGCAUGUGCCACCUUGCCCAGCUAAUUUUUGUAUUUUUAGAAGAGACAGGGUUUUACCAUGUUGGUUAGGCUGGUCUCUUAACUCCUGACCUCAAGUGAUCCAUCUGCCUCGGCCUCCCAAAGUGCUGGGAUCACAGGUGUGAGCCACCUCACCUGGCCUAUAUUGUACAGUUUUGAACAGUAUAGAUGCAUACCUGUUUACAAAUGUGUAUGAAGAUAGAUAUUUUUACCACUUAUUUGUUCAAUUUAUUUUUCUUGUAUUAAUUAGUAUAUUGAUCUAAUUAAAGGUUAAAGCUAAAGGCUUUAUGAAAUGUUUAAAAAAGAGUUCAGAUGUAAUCAUCUUGAUAAAUAUGUAUAUUGUAUGGGUUUGAAUAUGGGAUAUAACUUAAAGAUUUCAUCCCUGUACAGAAGAGAGAAUAAGAUCUUCUGAAGUGGUUUUUUUUUUUUUUUUUUUUUGAGACAGAGUUUCGCUCUGAUUGUCCAGGCUGGAGUGCAAUGAUGUGCUCUCAGCUUACCACAACCUCCGCCUCCCAGGUUCAAGCGAUUCUCCUGCCUCAGCCUCCCAAGUAGCUGGGAUUACAGGCACCCGCCACCAUGCCCAGCUAAUUUUGUAUUUUUAGUAGAGACGAGGUUUCUCCAUGUUGGUCAGGCUGGUCUCCAACUCCCGACCUCAGGUGAUCUGCCUGCCUUGGCCUCCCAAAGUGCUGGGAUUACAGGCAUAAGCCACUGUGCCCAGCCUGAAGUAUUUUUAAAAAUAUUUUAAAAAUACUGUUCUUUUUUUCUCCUCUUAAAAAAAAAAAAGAAAAUAAUGGGAGUAUUUUCCUCCCUAAUAUGGACACAUUUAAUAUUUUAUUUAUUUUUAGGUUUAUAAUAAUUCGGGGAAAAAAUCUUUAUCUUUUUUUUUUUUUAAGAGGUCUCACUCUUGAUCUCACUCUUGUUGCCCAGGUUGGAGUGCAAUGGCACAAUCAUAGUUCACCACAGCCUCAAACUCCUGAGCUCAAGUGAUCCUCCUUCCUUGGCCUCCCAAAGCAUUGGGAUUAUGGGUGUGAGCCACUGCACCCAGCCUUUUCAUUUAUGUUUGUUUGUUUGUUUGUUUGAGAUUGAGUUUCGCUCUUGUUGUCCAGGCAGGAGUGCAGUGGCAUGAUCUCGGCUCACUGCAACUUCCACCUCACAGGUUUAAGCGAUUCUCCUGCCUCAGCCUCCUGAAUAGCUGAGAUUACAGACAUGUGCCACCACGCCCAGCUAAUUUUGUAUUUUUAGUAGUGACAGGGUUUGUCCAUGUUGGCCAGGUUGGUCUUGAACUUCUGACCUCAGGUGAUCCACCCGCCUUGGCCUCCCAAAGUACUGAGAUGACAAGCGUGAGCCACUGCGCCCAGCCCUUUUCAUUCUUAAAGAUAGUAAAUUCCUGUAAGAUUUAGAUUCACUUUUGUGAUAAUGCCAUGUUUCUGUUAUGAACAACUAGGUAGUUGGAGAAACUAUUAAAAUAGAAAACAGUGGCAAAGGAGAUGGUUUAUAUGGAAAGAGAAUGAUUUCCUUUUUAGACAUGCAUAGUUUGAGGUGUCUAUAUUUCCAAAGUGGAGAUGUUUAGGUACACAAUGACAUAUGUAAAUGUAGAAACUUUAUUUGUGUGUGGCAACAGGUCUAGAGUGUAUAUCAACUCUAGGGAGUUGGAGGUGCUAGAGAAGGGAGGGCUUCAAUUUCUUGCUUUAUGUUUCAGAUUAUUUGAAGUUUUUUCAACAAAUAUAUUUCACUUUUAGAUUAUAGAAAAUGUUUAUGUUACAGAAAAUAUUUAAUACUUUUUUUUUUUAAGAGAUGGGGACUUGCUACAUUGCCCAGUCUGGCUUCAAACUCCUGGGCUCAAGUGAUCCUCCCACCUCAGCCUUCCAAGUAGCUGGCAGGCAUGCACCAAUGAUAUUUAAUACUUUGACAUCAAAGAGACUCAGGUUCAUAAAGAAGAUAUAUUGAGGACCUCAACUAAUGUAGACAAUGGUAAAAUGGACAUCAAAAGAUGGUCUGUCAAGUUAAAAUAUUGCAAAGUUAAAAAAUGAGCCUGCUGGGCACGGUGGCUCAUGCCUGUAAUCCCAACACUUUGGGAAGCCGAGGCAGGAGGAUCACAAGGUCAGGAGUUCGAGACUAGCCUGGCCAAUAUAGUGAAAUCCCGUCUCUACUAAAAAUACAAAAAUUAGCUGGGCAUGGUGGUGCAUGCCUGUCUGUAGUCCCAGCUACUUGGGAGGCUGAGACAGGAGAAUUGCUUGAACCCAGGAGGCAGAGGUUGCAGUGAGCCGAGAUCAUGCCACUGUACUCCAGCCUGGGCAACAGAGCCAGACUAGGUCUCCAAAAAAAGAAAAAAAAAAAGAGCCUAUUAGACAAAGCUUGUUUGUUUGUUUUUGGGUAAUAAGAGUUGAGCUGAUGAAAGUCAUCUUUUGGGGCUGGGUAUGGUGGCUCACACCAGUAAUCCCAGCACUUUGGGAGGCUGAGGCAGGAGGAUUGCUUGAGGCCAGGAAUUUGAGCCCAGCCUGGGCAACAAGGUAAGACCCUGUCUCUACAAAAAAUAAAUUAGCCGGGUAUGGUGGCAUGUGCCUGUAGUCCUAGCUAUUCAAGAGAUAGAGGCAGGAGGACUGCUUGAGGCCAGGAGGUGCUGCAGUGAACUGUGAUUGUGCCAUUGCACUCUAGCCUGUGUGAUGGAGUGAGACCCUGUCUCAAAAAAAGAAAAUCGGCUUUUGGAGGCAGUGUAGCAAACCACAUUCUACCUAGAGAAUAAGAGAGGACGAUUCUAUAAGCUGUAUUAUCAGUUAUCUUUAGCUUUAUUCUUUCUUUUUGAGAUGGAGUUUCACUCUUGUUGCCCUGGCUGGAGUGCAAUGGCACGAUCUCGGCUCACUGCCACCCGGUUCAAGCGAUUCCCCUGUCUCAGCCUCCUGAGUAGCUGGGGCUACAGGCAUGCGCCACCACACCCGGCUAAUUCUGUAUUUUUUUUUUUUAGUAGAGACAGGGUUUCUCCACUUUGGUCAGGCCAGUCUCAAAACUCCUGACUUAAGGUGAUCCACCCGCCUCAGCCUCCCAAAGUGCUGGGAUUACAGGCGUGAGCCACCAUGCGUGGCCAGCUUUAUUCUUAUAAUAAGUACCACCUAGGAAAACCAUUAUUCCCUAUUUUAACAAUAUGAUAAUAAUGCAAAUGUUUAGUAUAGAUAGAUAGUAUUUGCUUCUAAAGGGAGAUAACUUUGUUUCUUGUUUUGUCAAUUUGGCAUCUUACUGUUUCUUUUUUUUUUAAUGAAAAAUGUUUAAAAAUUAUGUGGUCUUGCUAUGUUGCCCAGGCUGCUCUUGAGCUCCUGGGCACAAGCAGUCCUCCUGCCUCAGCCUCCCACAGUGCUGGGAUUAUCGGCAUAAGCCACUGCACCAAGCCCCAUGUUACUGUUUAACACAUUAACCUGAGAGGCACAGAAUCUCAUAAAAUGUUUAUUGAUUUGGUCUUGGCUUAUUGUGUAAACCAUUUAAUAGCCAAAAGUCAGAAUUUAAACAUCUAAAAUACACUGAAAAUGUGUUCUUUUCCAAUAACAUGGAUGUUCACAACAGUUGGUGUUACGUUAGAGCUAAUAAUUAUACUUUAGCACGUUAACCUCAGAAUUCUAAGGCUGAGAGUCAAACACUGCUAAUUCAUAGAAGGCAAUAGCUUGUAAUAAUGAAUCAUAAAGCUCUUCUACUCUUUGUAGUUCAGUAGAUAAAAACAUCUGUCUGUAGUGGACUAUUUUAUCUGAUGGGAAGAACACCCGAGGAUCCGCCUUCAGUAUAGAAUCGGAGAGAAACUGCUUCACUAGCUCUUUUCCACUAGUCCGGGAGUCACCAAUCAUCAGUUCAAAAUGCUUCCCCACUGCAUUUCGAUUCAUGCUCAGCACCUGAUGCUGCCCAUCCUGGGCAAAAGUUUUAUUUAAUAAGGCAUACAGCAUGGCUUCCAUGAUAUGAAAAUGUAACAGUAUUGGAAACAGAGAUGAGUUCUGAAUGGAAAGUCCUGUUUUUUCCAGAACAUAGAAAUCUGCUUUAGGCAUCUUUGAAAUGAUCGAGGAAAUCUUUUAAAAAAAAGACAAAAUAAAGGAGCAGAAAUAAUUCAUUACA